GCGACUUCCUCACAACUCUGUUGGAUCACUGGACACUGCAACAUACAGGGAAACGUCAACGCCGGUCGCUGUGCGGCACAGGGUCACAAGACCAAGGGCACUGACCCGAAAAGUCCAUCAGCGGAUAUAAUCGGAGAAUUCGCCCAGAGUAUGAUAGACAACUUCACCUCCCACUGGCAAUGCUUUCAAGGUCACCAGAAAAAAGCAAGCGACUCCCCGAAAAGUGGGAGGACCGCAACGACUGGGGCCCUCGCGACUACGGACUGGACACAACAACCGUUGAGAGAAUAUUGAAUAACCGCCAGAAGCGGCCCUUCCUAGACUCGAAUAGAAUGUGUUAUACGUAGCGCUUGUUAGUAUGCAAGCUUAUGUGGUGCAGCACAAAGCUUUGCGCUUUACCUAAGUCAAAGAACCGAUGCGGUGGAAAGCUAUACAGGAUCAACAAUUGAAAGCAGCGGUCCUUUGCAUGCAAAUUCUUAUGCCCGGUUUACCCGAACUUUGAUUCCUUCUUUCAAACAUGAGCAGUUCUUUAAAUCUGUGUGCAAAAUAGCCCUCGCAAUCAGAAAGGCUCUAUAAGGAGGCUAUUUUUCCCUGAUAUAACCCACUGAGUACAAAGCAUGUCAAAGCUUACGCGGCAAGUGUAGCGAAUGUGUCCAACCUAUCUCUGCAAUAUCUGUGUGCGUAAAACUUAUGAUAAUAUCAUAAGAAGCGGAGAAAAACAUUAAGAAUGCUCUUUGUCGUAUUCGUCGACGCUUCAGCAUGUCAUCGGCCUGACGUAUUUUAUCAGCUAUAACCGCUUACAGAUAAGACGGUAGACAAUACUUAUUAUUAAUUGGGGCGAUUAUUCAGCACUUUUUGCGAGUACCUUUGUAUUAGCAAUCACUGUAACUGUAUGGAAUUGUUUGAAUUUGUGAAUACACCAUUUAACAUGCGAUAAAACUGAUUAUGCAACUCGUUGCAUUGUCCCAUUUGAUGACAUCGACGUAGGUAGGUAUGUAGGUUCGAUAAAAGACAAGAUGAAUUGUAAUCAGUUCAGUCGUUUUGCGUUACUACAUCAGUAUGGACUUGUCAGGAAAAGUGGUUCUCAUAACAGGUGCUAGUAGCGGAAUUGGUGCUGCCACUGCGAAGUAUCUGACUGAGCUGGGUGCGACGGUUGUUUUAACUGGUAGAAAUGUGGAAAAUUUGAACAAAAUUGGAACUGAAUGUGAAGCAAUUGGAAAAGCGAAACCUGUUCUGUUAGUAGCUGACGUUACGAAGGAGUCAGAUAACGCUCGCGUCAUACGGGAAACUAUUUCCAAGUUUGGCAAGCUCGAUGUACUGGUCAACAAUGCCGGCAAAGGACUAGCUGGAUCAAUUGAAACUACCACUUUAGAACAAUAUGAUGAUAUUAUGACUACUAAUGUGAGAGCAGUGUUAAACCUGACCCAACUGGCCAUCCCUCACCUUAUCAAGAGUAAGGGAAAUAUCGUGAAUGUAUCCAGUGUCGCGGGAACCAGAUCGUUCGCGAAUAGCUUAGCUUACUGUAUUUCAAAAUCGGCCUUGGACCAGUUUACACGAUGUACCGCCCUUGAAUUGGCUCCAAAGCAAGUUAGGGUGAAUUCGGUCAAUCCAGCGGUCAUCAUAACCGAGUUCCACAAACGACUGGGGAUGGACGAUGCAGCAUAUGACGCAUAUUUGAAGCAUUCAUCGCAGACGCAUGCACUAGGACGUGUGGGACAAGCUUCGGAGGUAGCUGCAGCCAUUGCCUUUCUGGCCGGCGAUACUGCCAGUUUUAUCACCGGCAUGUGCCUAUGUGUAGAUGGCGGAAAGAAUAUCAUGUGUCCUCGAUGAAGUCUCUAUUAAAGGUAUCGCGAAAAUAAAUAAUUUGAGUCUUUUAUGUGCUUUGAAAUUAGUGUAAUCAGAACAGAUUAAAAAUACAUGUACCUGCAUGGUU